GUAUUUGCAUUUUUGAAAUGAAAUUGAAUGAUCUUUUAGUGGGAUAAGUCAUCCUUCCCACUGCUGUUGAUAUCAUGAUAGCAACUAAGGCCUUGCGUAAGUGUUCGUGCUGGAGAACUUACUUGUCCCAUAAAUUUGUUCCGGUUCCACUUUUGGCAUUGGGCUCCACAAUUUCAAGUUUGGAGGAGCCACUGGGCCUUGACAACUUGCCAAACCUGAACUGUAUUGAUAGGGUCAGGAGGUUCUCCUCUGCUGCUCACAGGCCUAUACCAGAUGAUACGGCAAUGGGAAAUUGCUGGAUUGAGAGGAGGAGUUACAGCUCAUCCAACAGUUACAAUGAAGACUAUACAAGAGAGACAUUUCCAUGGACGAGACAGACCCAGGGCGGUAUGCGUGGAGACUCCUUAAAGCGAAGGACUUUAAGCUUGGGUAGGAACCAGAACCAUAGGGUGUUUGGAGGUGUUUGCAAUUGGUAUGUACCAGAUCGUCACUAUUGUUCUGAGUGCAGUGACAAUGAUGUAAGUGGUAUAAUGAGUAAGGUUCAGCUUUUGAAUGGGAUACCAAGCUAUGUAAAGAUCGUGGAAGUUGGCCCAAGAGAUGGAUUGCAAAAUGAGAAAAAUAUGGUGCCUACAGCUGUAAAGAUUGAAUUGAUACAAAGACUAGUUUCUUCUGGAUUGCCUGUUGUUGAGGCAACGAGUUUUGUUUCAGCAAAAUGGGUACCACAGUUGGCAGAUGCGAAGGAUGUAAUGGCAGGAAUACGGAAUGUGGAGGGUGCUAGAUUACCUGUGUUGACACCUAACCUUAAAGGGUUUGAAGCUGCUGUCGCAUCUGGAGCUAAGGAAGUUGCAGUCUUUGCCUCCGCUUCUGAAUCCUUUUCAAAGUCAAACAUUAAUUGCAGCAUUGAUGAGAGUCUUCAGCGUUAUCGAGCUGUUGUUCAUGCUGCCAGAUUGCUAUCCAUUCCUGUUCGUGGUUAUGUAUCAUGUGUUGUUGGGUGCCCUGUGGAAGGACCAGUUCCUCCAUCAAAUGUAGCAUAUGUGGCGAAGGAGCUGUAUGACAUGGGUUGCUUUGAGAUCUCCCUUGGUGAUACAAUUGGGGUUGGAACACCUGGUUCCGUUGUUCCAAUGCUUGAAGCUGUAAGGGCUGUUGUCCCCAUCCAGAAACUUGCGGUCCAUUUUCAUGACACUUAUGGGCAAUCUCUUUCUAAUAUUUUGGUGUCCCUCCAAAUGGGGAUUAGUAUGGUGGACUCAUCAGUUGCUGGUCUUGGAGGCUGUCCGUAUGCUAAGGGUGCUACUGGGAAUGUGGCGACUGAGGAUGUUGUCUACAUGCUCAAUGGACUCGGGGUGAAGACCAAUGUGGAUCUGGAAAAGGUCAUGUUGGCUGGGGAGUUCAUCUGCAAGCAUUUAAAUCGCGCAUCUGGGUCAAAGGCAGCAAUUGCUCUGAGCAGAAGAAUCACAGCAGAUGCCUCUAAGAUGUAACAAUACAUUGAAAUUAUAUCCAAUUUGAGAAAAUAAAAAAUGAUUGAUACCUAUACGGAAUAUUGUCAUCAGCAUUGUGCUUGAUAAAUGAAUACAAAUAAUGUGAACUUAGAGUCCCAGAUCCAGUGAGAAUUGUACUGGGUCCCUCCUAUAUCUUUAUAUAAAAUGGGAAUAUAGUCCCACUCCAAA